UUGGUCGAGUAUUAGGACGUCGUUUACAAGCGGUCUGUCUAACCUUACGGGCUUUCCCCACUGGAGCCCUGAGCAUUGACCACUCCACAGAAAAAGGUCUUCUGUACGAGCAAAGAGCCGUGAGGAGACUAGAACCCACCGCCACACUUUUGUGUGAGCCGUGACCCCGCUUGGAACGGGUUGUCAGCCGAGCGUCUGAGCUCCCAGCCCACCGUCCCCACAGCUCCCAGAAGCGGCUCCCGGGGCCUGAUGCCCAUUCCACACUGCAGACACUCAGGUCCCAGGUACUUCCGUGCAGGGCUGGCCUCGGCUCGGCUGAGCCCUCUCUACCAGCUUUUGUCACCACCUCCCGCCGUCCCUCUCUGCCUACGGGCCCCAUGGCGGCGCCGGCGCUGGCAUUGAUAUCAUUUGAAGAUGUGGCCAUAACCUUCACUGGGGAGGAAUGGAGACAUCUAGACCUGGCCCAGAGGACCUUGUACCAGGAGGUAAUGCUGGAGACUUGCGGCCUCCUGGUCUCACUGGGGCAUCCUGUUCCCAAGGCAGAGCUGAUUCACCUACUGGAGUAUGGGCCAGGACUGUGGACAGUAAAGAGAGGCCUCUCCAGAAACACCUGUACAGGUGAAAAAGCAAAUCCCAAGACCACACAGCUUACUGCUUCUCAGCUGGCCCUCAUUGAGGAAGCCUCUUUUGAGGAACAAGUGACACAUGGCACCUCAAGGGAUUCCUGGCUGGGGCAAGCAAAGUAUCAGGAAAAACUGUCAGAAAUGCAGGAAGGGAACUGGAGGCCAGGAGAAGAUCCCCACAAGGAGGCAUGCCUGAGGAAGUUGAGCCAUAAACAUGAUGAUUUUGUGACAGAUGAUAGUCUUUGUUUAGGGGUUUUACCGGAGCAAGUCACUAUACAAGAUGCUCUGCAUGAAUGUGAUUCCCAAGAACCAGGAAAAGACCUGGUUGUUGAUGUAAGGAAUAACCUCUAUAAGUGCAAGGAAUGUGGAAAAGAUUUUAGCAAGAAUUGGGCCCUUAUUCGGCAUCAACAGAUUCACGCUGGAGUGAAGCCUUAUGAAUGCGGUGAAUGUGGGAAAGCUUCUCGUUAUAUGGCAGACUUCAUUCGACAUAUGAGGUUUCAUACUGGGGAAAAGCCGUACAAGUGUAUCGAGUGUGGGAAAGCCUUCAAACGCAGGUCUCACCUCACAGAGCACCAGCGUAUUCACACUGGAGAUAAACCCUAUGAAUGCAAAGAAUGUGGUAAAGCUUUCACCCAUCGCUCCUCUUUCAUCCAGCAUAAUAUGACUCACACUAGAGAAAAACCAUUUUUGUGCAAGGAAUGUGGGAAAACCUUUUACUACAGCUCCUCCUUCGCUCAACAUAUGAGGAUUCACACUGGAAAGAAACUCUAUGAGUGCAGCAAAUGUGGAAAGGCCUUCACUCACCGCUCCACUUUUAUCCAACAUAAUAUGACCCACACGGGAGAAAAACCCUUUUUGUGCAAAGAAUGUGGAAAGGCUUUCUGCCUCAACUCAUCCUUUACUCAACACAUGAGGAUUCACACUGGAGAGAAACCCUAUGAGUGCAGUGAGUGUGGAAAAGCCUUUACUCAUCGAUCUACUUUCAUCCGGCAUAAGAGGGCACAUACUGGAGAGAAGCCCUUUGAGUGCAAAGAAUGUGGAAAAGCGUUUUGUGACAGUUCUUCCUUAAUUCAACACAUGAGGAUUCACACUGGUGAGAGACCCUAUGAAUGCAGUGAAUGUGGAAAGGCCUUUACACACCAUUCUGUUUUUAUCAGACACAAUAGGACCCAUAGUGGGAAAAAACCUUUGGAGUGUAAAGAAUGUGCAAAAGCCUUUUACUAUAGCUCUUCCUUUACUCGACACAUGAGGAUUCACACUGGGGAAAAGCCUUAUGUAUGCAAAGAAUGUGGAAAGGCUUUUACCCAACCUGCAAAUUUUGUUCGGCAUAAUAGGAUCCACACUGGAGAAAAGCCCUAUGAGUGCAAAGAAUGUGAGAAGGCCUUUUGUGACAGCUUUGCCUUAACUCAACAUGUGAGAACUCACACUGGAGAGAAACCCUUUGAAUGUGGUGAAUGUGGGAAGGCCUUCAGCCACAGUUCAUCCUUCACUCACCAUCAAAAGAUUCACACCAGAGUUUAGAAGAUGGAGGAAGGCCUUGUGCAAGUUUGCUCACUUCAGGCAAUUUUAGUGAACUCAUACUGGUGAAGUACCUUUCCUUUUUUAAUAUAACUAUUCAGGGAAGUCUUUUGGCCAGAGAGAUAUCUUACUCAGUGUCAGAAGAGAAACAUAAUUAUCAUCUCUGUGAAAGCUUUCUAUGGCAGGUCAUCUAAAGGGUCAUACUAGAAAUUGACACUGGCUACAGCUUUCCACUACAUCUGAGAAUCCACAAGGGAGAAUCAGUGGUUGUCAUGCAUUUGGGGAAAAUGUCAGCAACAGUCCUUCCUAUGUUUGUUACAAAUCCAUCUCAAGAGCAUUUAAAGAGAUGUAGAAGAGAAAGGAAAGGGAAAUGCAUGUGUGUCUUUUUUCCGAUCUCCCUGCCAAGCUUAUGACAAUUUGUCAUUUGUGUGGGGGCAGGGGAGGGGCUGAAAGGGGAGAGGUCUAAGGCCUCAUCCCCUUUAUGUAUUUUUUUAUAUCCAUAGUCAGGAGAAUUGGACCAUUGGGAUGUUAACUCUGCUAACAUUUAUUGAAAGUUAUUUGUUACAAAAUAUUGACAUGUAACAUGUCAAUGUCAUGUCUACCAUUGAGCAUAAGGCCUGAGUCAUGAAAUACAUAUACAUACAUUAUAUGCAAUCAGUUCUUGUUAUUCACGGUAGUUAUAGUCUUUAAGUUCACCAUAAACACUGAAUUAGUGAAUAGUGGACCAUGGCUUCUAGUGGCAAUACAGAUUUAGGUACCUGUGAGCAUCUGUUCACAUUUUCAUCAACCAAUCAAUACUUAAUCUCCUAUGGGAUUUUUUUUUUUUUUCUGUUUUAGGACACCUUAUUUAAUAAAUGUUUCUGAGAAGUUACAUCCAAUAUUUCAUUGUAUUAAAAAUAUUUUAAUGACAUCACUUUUGUAUAUUGUUGUUAUUGUACUGUUUUUACUCUUUUCACUACAACAUACACAAACAAUACAUAUAUGCAGUACUCUUAUACAGUAAACACAUAAACACUGUAUAGUACACUAUGUUGUACAGUACACCAUGCAAAGAAAGUCCUAGAAAAAAAAAGAUUAAACUUAAUUAAAUAUUAACAUUAACUAAAACUCUAAUUUUGAUAGAACUGCAGGAUGUGUGAUGGGGCAGUGCACUGAGUGGGUAAAUCUCUUGACCUUGGCUUGACCCAGGAAAA